UUUCCUCUUGAAAAAAAAAUCCAAGAAUCAAAAGAUAAGAGAAAAUCUUUUUUUCCCCUCUCUCUUUUAUACUUCCACUCCAUUCUUCUUGUUGCGACCCUGCGGCCUGCACUCUGAAAAUUGUAGGAUCACUAAGUCAUAACCUUAUUCUCCUGAAAAUCUUGUAACUGAUGGUAACGUCGGCUUCAUCAUCCCUCUGCAACUCGAAUUCACUCAUUCAUUCACCAAAACCAUGGCAUCCCAAUUCGUUUCCGCUUUCUCGCUCCCUCAGUUUACCACUAUUCAUCCUAAAAACUGGACCAAAGAAGAAAAUUUCAGUUAACAAUGCUCGUAGGCUGAGAGUUUCGGCCUUAACAGAAGGUUCUUCUAAGAAUGAUGGAGAAGAUGAUGACCCUUCAGUUCCUUCCUGGGCUAAGCCCGGCUCAGAUGAGCCUCCUCCCUGGGCCCGUGAUGAGCCGCAGCAAGAUUCUUCUAGCUUUGAAGUUCCCUACUUUGUUUACUUGCUUGCCUCAGCUGUCACAGCCAUUGCUGCGAUUGGUUCUGUUUUUGAGUAUGCGAAUCAAAGGCCUGCAUUUGGAGUUUUGAACUCAGAUAAUGUAUUCUAUGCUCCAUUGCUUGGCUUUUUUGCUUUCACUGGCAUCCCCUUUUCGGCAUUCCUUUGGUUCAAAGCAGUUCAAGUUGCUAACAAGGAGGCAGAAGAGCAGGACCGCAGGGAUGGUUACUUAUAGUAUUCAGUUGUAGUUUCCAAAUAUAGGAUGCCUUCCACUUAACUCUUGUUGGUUAUAUAUGACUGGUUGUAUUAAGGCCAAAAUGCAUUGGGUUUUAUCUUGCAUGUGCUGGUAAGAUAUAUUUAGAUGCUAUGUUUUAUAUGCGUGUCACCCAUGGUAUAGUUAGCUGGCUGUCUCAAGCUGGAGCAUGAAGUUAUUUUCUUUUCCGUGUAAAAGACAGUGGUAAACAUUUUAAUACUGAUCAACGAUUUUAGCUACAUGAGCCAGAGACAGCUGGGAAAAUGACUUUGGGAGCAUGUUAAACUUAUUACGUGGCCAUCAUUUAUGAUUUGUCUGUUACAGGCUGGUUCUAUUUGCUUGUCACAGAAUGAAAUCAGUUUUCUACUUGGAAGAGCCCGUAAACUAGCUGAAAUGGUUUCAUUGGUGAAGUUCCAUUGGUUGGAAAGAAUUCGUUUGUCAUGGGAAAAUAUUCAAUUGAAUUCUAUCUGUGACUCGUCAUAAUAGCACUGAUUCUUGUUAUUGCUGGUAUUGUUAUUGUCAUAAUUGUAAUCUCAUCGCCAUUAUUGUCAAGAUUGUCUUACUUAUCUGAGAGUUUGGUGUCAUGAGGAAUGAAGAAAUCAUCGGAGUGUUUCGAUUGGCUUGUUAUGAAUCAAAAUGGUACUGUUAAGUGUAUAUCAUGAGCAACGAGAUGUUUAUGUCACGAACAAUUCUACCAUCGGCUUGGGGACAUGAUCUCGUUGGUGAGAUAAUUGCCCUAUGGGACUGCAAUUCUCCUAAUAUAUAUGCUUGUAUUUUGUCUGAAAGUGGAUCUCUAUUCAAAUUCAAGAUCAUUUCAUGCCCAAGAUUGUUGUUUAAAGUUUCGGGUAAGUUGUAUAUUUGAGGUAUUUUAUGUGUCAGAGUGAUGCUGUUUUAGUGAGAAUUGAUUUGUGUUAGUAUACAUUUUCAUUUCAUUCUAGCUGCUGUAAUUUUUGGAGAACUAGAAUAAGAAAGUUAACAAAGUUGCACUCACGAAGCUUGUAGAAGUACAGCAUGAGCUUCUUCAGAGCUGUCUUAGGCUUUGACGUUAUAAUUUGACAUUUCAAUUUUUGGAGCCUUCACUGGUGCCACCUAAGGGAAUCUGUUUCUUGGACGACAUUGGAUAGGGUGGGUUACUUGUAUAUAUUCUCAACAUGCACAUUGCUUCCACGUGAUUAGAGUGUGGCUUGCAGACUUUAAGUAAAGAAUUAGGAAGUGUGCUUUCCAGUCGAAAACCACGCUCCAUUUCUGACCUUUGUCUACAUAACAUAGCUGCUUCUAUGUCAAUUGAACCUGGUUCUGGAAAUAAGCUUUCUGUAACAGCUACACAAGAAAAAGUACUACAGGGAAUGCAGAGAGCUCAAUGGCUUAGAGCAGCCAUUCUUGGUGCAAAUGAUGGUUUGCUUUCGACUGCAUCCAUGAUGCUCGGAAUAGGUGCAGCAAAAGACGAUCAGGAGUCCAUGAUCAUUUCGGGGAUUGCAGGAGCUCUUGCAGGUGCCUGCAGCAUGGCUGUCGGAGAGUUUGUUUCUGUCACAACCCAGAGGGACAUCGAAAAAUCAACAAUCCACAAAACUUGUUCAGAUGAACCAAACAGAUCUCCAUUUGUAAAUCUGGCCAGCGAAAGUGAGUCAUCACAAGGGAAAUUGUCUCCAUCUAUGCAGAGUCUGCCCCAUAUUUUGGCUCCUUCAAGGCCUCCGAUGAUGAAAGUCGUGGUAACGGAUGCAAGAGCAAGUUGAUGGCAAAGAGGAGGCCCUGCCUAAUCCAUACAAGGCAGCAGCAGCAUCAGCCUUGGCUUUUCUUUGCGGAUCGGUGGUUCCCCUAGUGGCUGCUGUGGCGAUAUCUCAACACAGAACCAGGAUUGUGAUAAUAAUGGUGGUAACAACUAUUGCUCUGGUGUUGUUUGGGGGACUUGGAGCCCUUCUUGGCGGUUCACCCAUAAGAUUAUCUGCAAUGAGAGUUCUAAUAGGAGGAUGGAUAUCUAUGUCCAUCACAUUUGGCUUGAUUAAGGCUUUUGAUGGAGAUCAUAAAGCUCAUAAAUCAUCAUGAUUCUGCAUCUUAGCUAUCAACUACAAAAUAAGGAAAUCUGAAUUAGUACA